AUGGAGAUGGUGACUACAAAAUCUGAAUUUAUUAGCCCAGAAAGGCAUAGUUUUAGUAUUAUACAGGGUGAGGCUACGGCGUCUAAGUGUAUCAAAAGAAGGCGAAGAAACCCGUUAGCAUCUACCAGUAAUCAGCAGCCUGAUCAAAAUAAAAUUAUUGCUGCUGGUGCUACUACUACUACUAAGAGAAGCUCAAGAUUUCGUGGCGUAAGCAGACAUAGAUGGACUGGAAGGUAUGAAGCUCACUUAUGGGACAAGGGUUCCUGGAAUCCAACACAAGGGAAGAAAGGAAAACAAGUUUAUCUGGGAGCAUAUGAUGAAGAAGAAUCUGCUGCAAGAGCGUAUGACCUGGCUGCCCUCAAGUACUGGGGAACAUCAACUUUUACCAACUUCCCAGUAGCUGAUUAUGAUAAAGAAAUUGAGAUAAUGAAGACUUUAACAAAAGAGGAAUACUUGGCCUCUUUGAGAAGGAGAAGCAAUGGUUUUUCCAGGGGAGUAUCCAAGUACAGAGGAGUUGCAAGGCACCACCAUAAUGGGAGGUGGGAAGCAAGAAUCGGGAGGGUUUUCGGAAACAAGUAUCUUUAUCUUGGCACUUACGGUACACAAGAGGAGGCAGCUCAUGCAUAUGAUAUUGCUGCAAUUGAAUAUAGAGGGAUCAAUGCAAUCACAAACUUUGAUCUUAGCACAUACAUCAGAUGGCUAAAACCACCACCCAAUCCUCCUCCCUUCACUUUCUCAGGAGAACCAAAUCCAGCCACAGAGUCUACAACAACAACAGCAACAGUAACAGCAACAGCAAAUUGUCUUCAACUGGAUCAAAUAACUGGAAAUAAUCCCAUCUUCCACUCCAAUAUUGCCUAUGCAACUGAAGCCUUACAGACUCCAAAAUACCAUGAUCAAGUCCUCCCCACCACUUCAUCUUCCCCAACAGCGCUCAGUCUCCUCCUCAGGUCUUCCAUAUUCAAAGAGCUGGUUGAGAAGAACUCAAGCGAAACUGAAGAAGAAGAAGGAGAAGAAGGAAAAGAUAAGAUAAUGAGAAAUCAGACUGUUGGAAUUGGGCAGAUUCUGAAUAGCGAAAUUAGUUAUCUUCCAUUGAUGUAUUCUUCCAACAGAAGACUGUUGCCUGGUUUGGAGUCUGAGAAGAGUUGUGCAAUGGAACAAGUUGGUCUCCCUGGAAUGGUCCCUUGA